AUUAUAUAUUUCAGAGAAGAUGCCUCCCACCUCAGUGAAGGAUGUUGAUCAGCAGAAGUUUGUCGUCGCUCUGGCGGCAUUCCUCAAGAAGUCUGGUAAGAUGGCAGUCCCCGAGUGGGUUGACCUGGUGAAAACUGGAGUCUCCAAGGAGCUUGCUCCCUACGAUGAAGACUGGUUCUUCGUGAGGACCGCUAGCGUAGCUCGUCACUUGUACAUCAGAGCACCUGUCGGAGUUAAGUCCAUCAGGAAGAUCUACGGAGUUCGUAAGAACAAUGGAUCCAGCCCUGCUCAUUGGUGCACUAGCUCCGGCUCUGUUGCAAGGAGAGCACUCCAGGCUCUAGAGAAGCUCAAGCUCGUCGAGAAGGAUGUCAACGGUGGACGUAGGCUCACCGGACAGGGACGUAGAGAUUUGGACAGAAUUGCUGCCCAGCUUAAGUACCCCAAAGCUUGAAGUCAAGUUGUCAACAACACUCUUUUGAAAUAAACAUCUGCUGAAAUUA